AACGUAUUGUUACUGUGACAAACUUCCACUUGUUUUUUUAUCAACCGCCAUUACUGAUAGCCAAAUUGGUUUUUGGAAACAUAAAACUGAAGAAUGAAAAACACAACUCUGAUAAUUUUUUUUUAUCAUGUUGUGUGCUAUCUUGAGAUUCAAUGUGCCAGAACGUGAAUAGAAAAAUCAAUUCAAGUUUUUAAAGAAUAUUUACGUUUUUUCAAUUUUGGAAAAUGUCUGAAAAAGUAAUUGUUACAGUAAAUGAAGGUAAAGUACGUGGAUUUAAAACCAAAAGCGAUUUUUCUGGAGUGGAAUAUUACACUUUCUUAGGGGUGCCCUACGGACAACCUCCAGUCAGGUCAGCUCGAUUCAAGGACCCCGUUAAAGUAAAACCAUGGAACAAUAUCCUUGAUGCAACAAACGAAAAACCAGGCUGCUUACAAUUCUCAAUCAUUAAAAGAUGCAUCUUUGGUUCAGAAGAUUGUCUGUAUAAUAAUAUUUACACACCAAAGUUGCCAUCGAAAGAAGAUCCAUUAAAAUCAGUUGUCGUAUGCAUACACCCUGGAGGCAUGUUUCAUGGUUCGCCAGAACCGUCGUAUUUUGGAGCACCAGAUUAUCUCAUGCACCAUGAUAUCGUAUACGUCGCUAUGGGAUACAGACUACACGCUUUCGGACUAUUGAAUUUAAGCAUUAAGAACUGCACAGGAAAUCAGUCUAUAAAAGACAUGAUACUGAGUUUGCAAUGGAUUAAACAAAACAUCCAUAGUUUCGGAGGUGAUCCAAAUAACGUAACACUGCUAGGAAGCAGCAGCGGAUCAGCUUAUGUGCAUUUUUUAUUACUAUCGCCUUUGGCCAAAGGUUUAUACCAUAAAGCUAUUCUCAUGGGAAUGUAUGUUUUCAACCCGCUGUUGGUUCAUUCACGAGACAAUACCACGGUGGCUUACGAGGUAGCUGAAAGCAUGGGUUAUAUCGGAGAGAAAGGCGACAGCAAAAAAUUGCUUAAUUUUUACAGAAAUUUAGAUUUCAUACGGUUUAUUGCAGCGAGAUCUGAAAAACAUUACAGUAAUAACAAACUUCAAGCUUUUCCUGCAUGCCCAUUUAUACCAGCAGAAGAUGCUAGUGAAAAUUCACCGCUACCUUUAUCACCAGAGAAGUUGAUACCUUCGACGAAUCGUGUUCCGAUCAUAAUUGGAUUUUGCCAAAAAGAAUGUGCCAUGGGUGUUGCAUAUCUUCAAUUAUCUCAGCAGUCCAUCGCUGAUAUUUUCCAUGCCGCUAUCAGUCAAAAUUGUUGGGGAUGGGGAGCUAAUUUAAGUAAUAGUGAAUUGAAGCAGAUACAAAAAGAAGUAGAAGAUUUUUAUUUAAAUGGAAUGCCAAUAGAAAUGGCAUCGAAAUUAAUGCUAUGUGACAUUCUCACAGAUGCUGCUUUAUCUGACGUUUAUGAUUCUCUGAUAAAUGUAAUCGCAGCAGAUCUUCCCACAUCAGUAUUCGUUUAUAAUUUUCACUACGAUGGCGUCUUAGAUGGUAUGAAAUUGAAAAUUACAGAAAUAAUGCAAACCGAAAUAGAGGGAGCUUUUCAUGCGGCCGACUACUGUUAUUGGAGUUUUAUGGGUGAAUUUGCCGGUAAACAUGCGGAAAAAAUUCCUCCAAAAGAUCGAGAAGUGAUCGAAACAUUUACCAGUUAUUUAACUACAUUUGCCAGGACCGGUAAUCCUAAUUACGAAAGAAGAAAAUUGGACUGGAAUCCCACAACUCCAGAACAUCCUAGUCAUAUAAUUAUAGGCGAAACGCUGGAAAGGAAGGACGAGAUCCUAAACGGACAGCGAUUGGAAUUCUGGCAUAAAUUGAAAAAGAAAUACACAAAAAAUUGCAAUAAUUCAUGAAUAAAAAAUUA